GUUUCAGGCGGACACACAGGCUGGGCCUGAGCCCGGGUGUGCCCUGCGCGGGGGUGGGGCUGCAGAUUCCCGGAGUGGGGAGCAGUCUCGGGACAGGAUGUGAGAGAGGAACUGGGGUCUCCAGUCACGGGAGCCUCCCUGGGCUGCAGGAAGGAACCCCGGCUGCUGUGAGGUCUCGGGUUCAGGAUGGGGGUUCCCCGGCCUCAGCCCUGGGGGCUCGGUCUCCUGCUCGUCCUCCUACCCGGGAGCCUGCAUGCAGGUGUUGCCGGGUGCUCUCCUCACGCUGUCCCCUCUGUCACAGCUGAGAAGCGCCUGGCCCUGCUGUACCACAUGACGGCCGUGACCAACCCCGGCCCCGGGGCCCCCACCUUCUGGGUGUCGGGCUGGCUGGGUCCUCAGCAGUACCUGAGCUACAGCAACGUGCGGGCCCAGGCCGAGCCGUGCGGGGCUUGGGUCUGGGAGAACCAGGUGUCCUGGUACUGGGAGAAGGAGACCUUAGACCUGAGGGAGAAGCAGCGGCUCUUCCUUGAUGCUUUGACUGUCCUGGAGCAAGGAAGGUCCCACACGUUGCAGGGGCUGCUGGGCUGUGAGGUGGGUUCUGACAACAAGUCAGUGCCCGUGGCCAAGUUCGCCCUGAAUGGUGAGGACUUGAUGACGUUCGACCCCUACUUGGGCAACUGGACUGGGGACUGGCCCGAGGCCUAUGGCAUCGCCAAAAAGUGGUCUCAGAACCCGGAGACCGUGAACCAGGAGAAGACCUUCCUGCUCUACUCCUGCCACGAGCGCCUGCUGGGCCAUCGGGAGAGGGGCCGCGGGAACCUGGAGUGGAAGGAGCCCCCCUCCAUGCGCCUGAAGGCCCGGCCCGGCAGCCCCGGGAACUGCGUGCUCACCUGCAGCGCCUUCUCCUUCUACCCGCCCGAGCUGCAGCUGCGCUUCCUCCGCAACAACCUGGCGGUGGGCGCGGGCAAGGGCGACGUGGGCCCCAACGGGGACGGCUCCUUCCACGCCUGGUCGUCGCUCACGGUCCGGAGCGGGGACGAGCACCACUACCGCUGCGUGGUGCAGCACGCGGGGCUGGCGCAGCCCCUCACGGUGGAGCUGGAGUCCUCAUCCAAGUCCUCCAUGAAAGUGGUUGGGGCCGUCCUGGGGGUCUUACUGUUCGUGGCUGUGGCUGCCGGAGGAGCUCUGCUGUGGAGGAGGAUGAGGAACGGGAUGCCAGCCCCUUGGAUCUGUCUUCGUUCAGAUGAUGUAGGUGCUCUGCUGCCCACGCCUGACCUCUCCAAGGAUGCCGACUCUUAGGGUGGACAAGCGUUCAGCAGCUGCCUGACUCACACACACACACACACACACACACACACACCUCUCCCCCCACCCUGGUGGCUCCCAAGGUGGUGCAGUCAGGCCCCUUUCAUGCUGUGACACCUCCUGGAAUCCUGAGCCUCCAGGAGUCCUGGGCCCAAUGUCCCUCCAAUGCCCAGCCUCACCUGUGGUCUGCCUCAGUCCCUCCUCCCCCUCCCCAUAUAUCGGACUCUUCCUUCUUUGCAUAUAACAUGAGUUUGAGCCCAA